ACUUCCUGGCUAUCUUCACAUCUUCUGAAUUUCAUUCUUUCUAACUGACUGGUGCUAGGACCCAGAAGAGGAAGCCACUUGUUGGUAAUGUGAUAUAAAUAGAAUACCCAAAUGGGACAAAGUUUGAGGAGAAAGUCUGACAUCACUUUGAUUUUGCUCGACGCUCCGUCAGGACGAAGGCUAGAGGUGUGUGAACCCUGAGACGGCCAGGUUUUCCCAAGAACGAACAACCUCUUGCCACAAAAUCCCUCUCAGUCUUUGCCCCAAAAGAAGAAAUAUUUAAAAUCUUUAAUCUCCAAGGCACCUUCUUCUUCUCUCUCUCUCUCUCUCUCUUUUUUUUGUGGCUGUGAAAGCAUGCCAAAUUCCAUUUCCACCCAGUGACAUCUGAUCAAACGAAGACAAAUCUAAAAAGGCAAAGCCGUUAGCGAAAGUUGGAGAAGAGAAGCUUGCAUCUGUAAUCAUCCCAAGUUUAUUCUCUUUUCUUCUCUCCCCCCUCUUCAUUAUUCCUCUUCCUUUUUCUUUUCUUUUCCUGGAAUGGAUUUAUCAGCCACAGAAGGACUCCACGUUUUGAAACCUUAAUUUUUUUAGACCUCAGGGAAGAGUUGGAUUUUGUUUCUUGUUUCUUUUCUUUUUUUUCCCCUUCCCACAAACCAGUCGACGGAAUGGGCUUGUUGUAUGGAUGAUUAGAAAACACCCUUUGGAAAAAAAGAAAAAGAAAAAGAAGAGCAGAGGAUGAUGGAGCACUGGAAGUUUUGUUACUAAUGAUAUUAUGAUUACUGUGACCUGAGAUUUCAUCCCACCGUUGGUUUUCUGGUUUGCAUCGAGACGAAGGAUCAUGGCAAAUUGGCUGGUGCAACUUUGCUAUCUUUUGUUGUGGAUUUUAUUUCAGGUUUACAGGGCUCAUACUUGGCCACAAAAACAUCCUGGUUUCCGUGUUCUUGCUCAAGCAUCGCAUUAUUGGCCUCUGGACACCGUAGAAGGAAUCCACGAAUUAAAGGACACCGACGGAGCGCUAAGAUCCCACAGCUUCACUGUGCUUCAUUACCAUAAUUCUACUUUUGUUUAUACCAAUGAUUCCGCCUACUCUAACUUCUCCGCGACCGUAGAUAUCGUCGAAGGGAUUGUAAACAAAGGUGUCUAUAUCCCAAACAUCAAGGGAGCAACUUUUCUCCUUUUCGGAAAUUAUCAAAACUCUUGCAUUAUUAACCAAGAAUUCUGUGAGCCUGAAGGUGUGACUUUUUCCUUUUUCUGGAAGACUCAAGGGUAUCGGCUGAAGCCUCUCCCGACAUACCGGGAUCAGGUGCUUUCUAAUAGAUUUAAAGUCUUCUUCGGUGAACACAAAGGCUCCGUGGAACUGUUCAAUCAUCACACGUCCAAGAAGUGGACAGCAAGUUUCAUUUCGCCAGGUCCCCAUUGGACUCACAUCCUGUUUACCUGGAAAUCUAAAGAGGGCUUGAAGGUCUACAUCAACGGGACUUUGAAGAACGUUGAUCCCCACGGGGAAGAUUUCUACAACUAUGGGGACUCCAAUUCCAACUUGCUGAUGAGCUCCGAAGGCCAUCAAGGGAAACGCUACAUCCAUGGCGCCUUUGACGAAUUCAUCAUAUGGGAAAGAGUGCUCACCGCCAACGAGAUCAAGCAGUAUUUCACAGCUGCUAUCGGUGACCAGUCUCAGCUUGCUUCAACAUCUCCCUGGGGAUGGCAAACAACAGCCACUCUUCCCGUGCUUUCCAUAAAUGCCUACCGAUCCAUCAUAAUUAAUCUCACAGAGGGGAAACGUAGCGUCCACGACCCUCACGUCAUGUUGGACUACCUGAAAAACAUUUCAAACGCCAUGCCUAAUGAAUCCCUCACGGCAAAUACUGCCUACAAUCUGACUGAGGUUUUCUUUAAAGUGGUGGAAGGAGUUCUUAAGAUACCUGUUUGGAUCAGCUUGAACCAGACAGCGUCCCUUGCCGGAGGGCUUGUGUCCACCAUCGACAGUGUGACAUUGCACGUGGCGCGCAAUCUAGGAGGAAGCCCUUCAACCAUCACAGUCCAAGGCACUUCAUCCGUGGCAGAUUAUUCCCUGGUUAAAAUGCCUCCCCAGCUCCCGAACGUGCCUCAGUAUCGCUUCCCGUUACAAGGACAAAGUUACAUUUCUAUACCCAGAGAAGCUUUCCAAUAUUCAGCCUGGAUUACGAUUGUGGGCCUCUUCUACCAUUCCAUGCAUCAGUACUUCCAUAGCAUCAAACCGUUGGACACCAAAAUUCCAGAAGCUGCUGCCUGCAAGGAGUGUAUGAUUUUUGCUACCAGCUAUCUUAUCUCCUUGACAAUGGAGCCCCCACCAACUCUGUCUCACAAUCUGUCAAGCUCUCCCCUCAUCACCAUCCAUAUGAAGCAUCAACUGACGCCCCUCCAGUACAGCCAAGCCACGAACCGAAGUAAUCAAGUGAGACUCUAUUGUGCCUUUCUGGAUUACAGAAACGGAAGCGGUGUUUGGUCCAACCAAGGCUGUGUGCGUGAUGGGGGUGACCUCAACUAUUCCACCUGCUUGUGCAACCAUCUCACCAACUUUGCCAUCUUGAUGCAAGUGGUGCCACUAACGCUAACCAUUGGACACAAGAUGGCAUUGUCUUCUAUCAGUUACGUAGGAUGUUCCAUUUCCAUUUUCUGCUUGACUAUCACGCUGGUCACGUUUGCAAUUCUGUCCUCUGUCAGUACCAUCCGCAACCAGCGUUAUCACAUCCAUGCCAAUCUUUCCUUUGCAGUCUUGGUGGCUCAGAUCUUGCUCCUUAUCAGCUUCCAGUUUGACCCUGGGACGGUGCCUUGCAAAAUCCUGGCGAUUCUCCUUCACUUCUUCUUCUUGAGCACCUUCGCUUGGAUGCUGGUGGAAGGGUUCCAUCUCUACAGUAUGGUGAUCAAAGUCUUCGGAUCGGAAGAGAACAAGCUCUUAUACUACUACGGCAUUGGAUGGGGCUGCCCGUUCCUGAUCUGUGUCAUUUCAGCAACGACAUCUGUGGAAAGCUAUGGAGAAGUCAACAACUGUUGGCUGUCAUUGGAGAGUGGUGCCAUCUGGGCUUUUGUGGCCCCAGCUCUGUUCAUCAUUGUGGUUAAUAUCUGCAUCCUUAUUGCCGUGACCAGAGUAAUUUCGAGAAUAAGUGCUGAAAAUUAUAAGGUCCAUGGAGAGGCUAACGCGUUCAAGGAAAACAACCUGGUGGAAAGGGAGCACAUUGGGAUUUCCGAGGUAGACUCAGGAGCUCACAUCUUCCUAACUUGGGACAUCUUUCUCUUCCCUGCCAAGGUCAGAGCUGCCUUUAAGCACAAAACGAAGGUGUGGUCGCUCACCAGCAGCUCCAUCCGCAACAUCAAUGUGAAAGCUUUCAAUUCUGAUAUCAUAACUGUGACCAAGCCCGCAACAACGCCAACCACACUCAACACUAAUGACAAAAGCAGUCAUUCUGGCAACAAGAUCGACCUUUCCGCCGUCUAACAUCUACCCUUGUUGGUCCUUCCUUCUGAUACCCAGGCAAACCACAUCCUCAGGAUCUUCGAUUCGUUGCCUGACUACCUAUUACUCUCUGAGAAUUUGUUCCCGUAGGAAGCACCUCUUUACUUCCUUCCUGCUAAACUGAGGAAGGGGGCAGAAUUGCCCAUUGGACUGAAUCCAUACUUCCAGAUUUUUCUGGGCUUGGUGUGACCUCCUUUUGGCUGGGAGGACUAGCUAUGGAAUAGCCAAGGGACAUUUUACACUGGAUGGUCAUCUAAGCACUGGCAGGGAUGAAGCUGAGGAAGAUUUGUGGGGAAGCCCCAAAGGUCCUUUUCCAAGAGGCAACUAGACUUUCUUGAGUUUUUUGGAAGACAUUUCACUUCUCGUCCAAGAAGCUUCUUCAGCUCUGACUGAAUGGUGCACUCAGAUUUUGGUAGUACACUUGUCCCCACCCCCCACCCCCAAGGAUAAAACACCCAGACACAAACUGAGCAAUGUUGUAUAUGCAGUAUAAUGCAGUGAGCCAUGUGCAGAUCUGUAUAUUGGGGAAACAAAACAACCACUUCAUAAACACAUGGCACUACAUAGGAGAGCAAACCCAUCAGGAAUAUAUUCAACACUUUCACCUGCAUUUAAAAGACAAAGGCUACUCUUCUGAAGACAGCAAAAUCCACAUUUUGGACAGAGAGUACUACUAGUUUGAAAGAGGGGUUGAAGAGAUCGUCUAUGUCAAAAUUGAACAGCCCUCUCUCAACAGACACUAACAUUGAAGAGCUCUUGACCAGCUCUUUCUAUACCUAGGCAUUAGAUAGUUGAAGAAUACAAAGGAGAAGCUACACCAGGAAAUACCUAACUUCAAACCCUGUAUUUGAAGCAAACACUACAGAAGCAAAGACAAUGGAAACCAAGCUCUGUUUUUUUAAUCUUGGCCUGGAGACCAGCAGAAACAGUAGAUGUUAUAUUUGAGCCUCAAGUACAUCUGCUUGGUGGUUCUUCAGAUCAUCCUUACUAAUGCUGGUGGUGAUGGACACCUGCAACUUCACAUCAUUGCAAGAGGCUUCUAUCUCACCUGGGGAAAACACUUGUACAGAACCCUCCCACCUUCCCAGAUGAGACUCCAGGUCUCCGCUGAGUCCUGUUUGCAGACUGAUGGGAAUUCUCCUUUGUUGAAAAUCACAGUUGCUUCGCUGUCCAUCUUUGCCAGACAGAACAAAACUUGAAUGCCAAACAGCCACAUUCCUCCCCCCCCAAAGCAAAACGAAAUAAAUAGAAACAACCAACCAACCUCCGCAGAAAUGAAGAAGGCAGAAAAAAAUGACUCUGAGAUGUCAACCAGGCUGCAGCUGGAAUUGUAUGAUUAUCCACAGAUGUCAUUUUAAAAAAAAUUUUAUUCCUUUCUCCUGAUAAGCAAACGGUUGAGUUUUUCCAGCCUGGCAGCAAUGCUGUAGGCUUCUGAAAAGAAAAGCAAUAUUUGAUUAGUUCAACUGAGGACUCCCCGCCUCCCUUUAUGGAUUUCACUAGUAGAGUUCCCUCACUGAUCAAGUUCCAGGAACUUCCUAAAUAUAGUGUAUCUCGGCAGUCUUAAGCACUAGAAGCUUGUUUUUUUUAAAAGGGGGAAGCAAACAGGACACAAAAAAGAGGGGGGAGAGAGAGAGAAUGAGAGGGAGAGAGAGAGGGACAGAGAGAAUAAGAGAGAGAAUGAGAGAGAAUGAGAGGGAGAAUGAGAGAGAGAAAGAGAAUGAGAGAGAAUGAGAGAGAGAGGAAGAAAGAGAGAAAGAGAAUGAGAGAGAGAAAGAGAAAGAGAAUGAGAGAGAAUGAGAGAGGGAGAGAAAGAGAGGGAGAGAAUGAGAGAGAGAAUGACAGAAAGUGAGAGGGAGAAUGAGAGAAAGAGAGAGAGAGAAUGAGAGAGGGAAAGAGAAUAAGAGAGAAUGUGAGAGGGAGAGAGAAUGAGAGAGAGAAUGAGAGAAAGAGAAAGGGAGGGAGGGAGGGAGGGAGAGAGAUCACUGUUGUGUGGAAGAUCACAGGCUUUUCAUAUUAAUUCAAAUCCUAACUUGAAAGAUAGAAAGAUCUUGUCUGGUGGCCUGAAGAUACAUUAUUAAGUUAUUGUAGAAAAUGACCCAACUUUGUUGUCUAUCUAAUUUAUCCUAGGAUAAUUCAUCUUUGUUAUCCUGGCCAUGAAAGGUAGGAGAGAGAGAGAGAGAGGGAGGGAGGGAGAGAGAGACUAAUCCAAACCAGAAAUUCUCCCCUAUAUUUUAUGGGAUGGGGGUCUCCAUCUCAAAUAACUUCAUAGCCCCAUAACUUCCUGUCCUCCUUGAUUUCUUGAUUUGAUGGACUGGUAGUCUCCAUCUCAAGACCCAUAACUUCCUGUCCUCCUUUGAUUUCUUGAUUUGAUGGAGUUGGUAGACUCCAUGGUAGCCUCCAUCUCAUAUAGCUCCAUAGCUCCAUAAAUGUGCUUUCUUGAUCUUCAUAGAAUGCAGAAGUUAUCCCUUGAUGUGGUCCCAUCUUCAGGCUACCUACCAAAUGAGGCAGCUUGUGGUCUGAUUCACCUGCAGAUAUGAACCAUGCUCAGAAAUUUCAUAAUAACCCAUUAACUCCUCUUUCUCUGUCCUUUUCCCUAUGCGUGUGUUCACCAUAAUUUAGGAGUAGAUUGACACUGUCACCAGUAUUAAUCAUAGUAGGAAGGUCUAGUUUUCUGACUACCCUUAGAACCGGGGGUGGGUGAGUGUUGCACAUUCCAGCUUGAACUAAUCAAGGUUAAAUUGAACAAAUCGUGGUUAAAAUUCACGAUGAUUUAGAUGAAACUUAACUCUGUUCUUACAACCUGCUUACAACUGAAGACUUAGCAGAUGCAUUCAUAAAGAUAAAGGUUUCCUUGCACAUUUGUGCUAGUCAUUCCUGACUCUAGGGGACAGUGCUCAUCUCCGUUUCAAAGCCGAAGAGCCAGCGCUGUCCGAAGACGUCUCCGUGGUCAUGUGGCCGGCAUGACUCAACGCCAAAGGCGCACGGAACGCUGUUCCCUUCCCACCAAAGGUGGUCCCUAUUUUUUGACUUGCAUUUUUUACCUGCUUUCGAACUGCUGGGUUGACAGAAGCUGGGACAAGUUACGGGAGCGCACCCUGUUACGCAGCACUAGGGAUUCGAACCGCUGAACUGCCGACCUUUCGAUCGACAAGCUCAGCAUCUUAGCCACUGGGCCACCACGUCCCUUACAUACAACAUGCUAAAUGUAGGGCAGUUCCCAUUCAUGUUGAACAUUUUGUAGCUUAUUCUGUUGGUUACCUUAGAAAUCAGUAUGUUGUAUAAACCCAAGAAGGUUAAGCUAAGUCCUGAAAUCAGGAUAAUUGUGCUGACUUAUAAUAGUUCAAUUUCCAUCUCCUUCCAUGCAUUUAAAUACCCCAGUCUUAAGCAUUUAAAAAAAAAUUUAAAAACCUUUCAAACACCAGAUUGGGUUUAGACUAAGAAGACAUUCUAUUAAGAAUCCUUCUUUCUGUACGUUUUUUUUUUUUUUAAAGAAAGCUAUAUUUAAUCCUCUAUUUUUUGUGUGUGUUGCUCGAGCUUGUUUGUAUUUUGGGUUUGUGAUAUACAGGGUUACAAGCAUGCAUAUAUAUGCAUGUACAUUAAAUGUGAAUAAGCCAUAAAUUUUUAUUUUCAAUAGUUCAUCAUCCUGAAUGGUAUAUAUAUAUAUAUAUAUUUUCAUUGUGUUGCUGAAUGCAAGUAAAUGCGCUCAAGGAUUUUCUUUCUUUCUUUUCUUUUUUUAAAUCCCUGCCUCUAGCCUUUUUUCUAAAAUCUGAAUACCCCAGCAUUUAUUUAUGGGUCUUAUUUUUCCAGCUUUUUGCAAUCUGUCUUCUGGAGCAGCGUGGAGAUGUCAACAAUAUGAAAGCUUAAUUGAAUGAGAUGUGAGUUAAAAAAUAGAUUAAAUAGCAGCAAAAUGAUGACUUUGCCCGUAUAAGAAUAAAAUGGUUAAAUAGA